AUGGUGGCUCAGCUCGACCACCCUCAACAGCGCUCUCCAGACCCUCAACAUUCUCCAGAGGACGUCGAGCAGACCAAAUCCCUCAUCUCUGCUCUCAAUUUUGUCUCCCGGAACCUCCCUCUGCCUCAGCACCUCUUCCAAACCGUCUCCUCUAUCUAUCUUCAAGAGCCCCAGGAUGGUAAAGCACAGGCGGAUGGUCGGGUCGCGGGCGAGCAGGAGGAUCCUGAGAUAUCCGCCAAAGGUGAUUUGAUGGCUGAAUUUGAGGAAGCACUAUCAAGGCAUAGGCCCCAGUUUAUGUCUGGGGCUGUGUUGGCAGAGACAAGGGACAAACGAUAUCAAAGCACCAUCGGACACCGAGUAAAUGAACUCGAAGAAUUGCCUUCAACUAGAGGGGAGGAAGUUCAAGCAAAAUGCUUGCUUGAGCUUUACGGACUGAAGUUGGCAGAGCUGCAAAGGAAAGUUCGAUCUGAAGUCAGUUCGGAAUACUCGCUUCGACUAAGUUGUGCUUGUCCUGAGAAGCAGUUAUAUGACUGGAGUAUGAUGCGACUGCGGCGUCCUCUAUAUGGUCUAGGAGAUGCUUUCGCAACUGGAGCUGAUGACCAGUUCAGGAAGAAACGUGAUGCUGAGAGAUUGGCAAUGUUAGAGGAGCAAGAAAGGAACCAAAUGGACACUAGAAGGAAAAAGUUUUUCGCAGAAGUAUUUAAUGCGGGUCGAGAGUUGCAGUUCCAUACUCAAGCUUCUAUUAAACGUCGAAAGCAAAGAAAUGACGGUAUCCAGGCAUGGCAUGGGAGGCAAAGGCAACGUGCUACCCGUGCUGAGAAAAUGAGGUUCCAAGCCCUAAAGGCCGAUGAUCAGGAAGCCUACAUGAGACUAGUGAAGCAAAGCAAAAAUGAACGAUUAACAAUGCUUCUAUCCGAAACAAAUAAACUCCUUGCUAAUCUGGGAGCUGCAGUGCAGCGUCAGAAAGAUACUGGAGAUGGAAUUGAACCUUUACCAGGUAUAGAAGGAGAUCCCGUUGAGGUUGAUGCCUCAAGAGACGGAAGCCCCGGGAAUACCCCUGAAGAAGAUGCUGAUUCUGAUAAUAAUGAUGAAGACACCACUGAUUUACUUGAAGGGCAGCGACAAUACAACUCAGCCAUCCAUUCAAUUGAGGAACAGGUGAUCGAGCAGCCCUCCAUCCUGAAAGGUGGACAGUUAAGACCUUACCAAGUGGAGGGCCUUCAAUGGAUGAUCUCUCUGUUCAACAACAAUUUAAAUGGGAUUUUGGCCGAUGAGAUGGGCCUGGGGAAAACGAUACAGACUAUUUCAUUGGUUGCACAUCUCAAGGAGAAAAAAGGCGUCGAUGGACCACACAUUAUAAUGGCUCCUAAAGCUGUCCUGCCAAAUUGGGUUAAUGAAUUUGCUACUUGGGUUCCCGAGGACGAGAUCAAGGCGGUCCUUUAUGAUGGCCGUGCUGAUGAGAGGAAAGCAAUGAGAGAGCACUUACUCAGAGAGGGGAGCUUCAAUGUUUUAAUCACACAUUACGAUAUUCUUAUGAAGGACAAAGCAUUUCUAAAGAAAUUUAACUGGGUUUACCUGGUGGUUGAUGAAGGUCAUCGAUUGAAGAACCAUGAGUGUGCCCUUGCUCGUACUCUUGACUCAGGAUUUCAGUUUCAGCGUAGACUUCUAUUAACUGGAACUCCAAUACAGAACAGCUUACAAGAGUUGUGGUCGCUCCUUAACUUUCUUCUCCCGAGUAUUUUCAAUUCAGUAGCGAAGUUUGAAGAAUGGUUCAAUGCACCUUUCGCUGAUCGAGAUGACAUUAGUCUUACUGAUGAGGAACAGUUGCUGAUUAUUCGCCGUCUACAUCACGUUAUAAGACCAUUCAUACUGAGAAGAAAGAAGGAUGAGGUAGAGAAAUUCCUUCCUUCUAAAUCUCAGGUUAUUCUGAAGUGUGAUAUGUCAGCAUGGCAGAAGGUUUAUUAUCGGCAGAUUACAGAGAUGGGCAGAGUUGGGCUUCAAAAUGGAUCCGGGAAGUCGAAAAGUCUGCAGAAUCUAACAAUGCAGCUGAGGAAGUGCUGUAACCAUCCGUACCUCUUUGUUGGAGAUGACUACAACAUGAGACAGAUCGACGAAAUCACUCGAGCCUCAGGCAAGUUUGAGCUUCUCGAUCGCUUGCUCCCCAAGCUACGUGCCACGGGCCACAGGAUUCUCCUCUUCUCACAGAUGACCAAACUGAUGAACAUCCUCGAGAUCUAUCUGAGGCUUCAUGGUUACAUGUACCUGAGACUCGAUGGCACCACCAAAACGGAAGAAAGAGGCGCUAAGCUGAAGCAGUUCAACGCUCCAGACUCUCCCUACUUCAUGUUCCUUCUCAGCACCCGUGCUGGAGGCCUCGGGUUGAAUCUGCAGACUGCUGACACAGUGAUCAUGUUCGAUAGCGACUGGAACCCUCAGAUGGACCAGCAGGCGGAGGAUCGUGCUCAUCGUAUCGGGCAAAAGAAGGAGGUUCGGGUUUUUGUGUUGGUGAGUGUUGGCUCGAUCGAGGAGGUGAUCUUGGAACGUGCGAAGCAGAAGAUGGGGAUCGAUGCGAAGGUCAUCCAAGCAGGACUUUUCAAUACCACAUCCACAGCUCAGGACAGGAGAGAGCUGCUAGAGGAGAUCAUGCGCAAAGGAACGAGCUUACUGGGGAACGACGUACCAACUGAGAGCGAAAUAAACUGGCUGGCAGCUCGAUCGAAGGACGAACAACUGCUCUUCGACGAAAUGGACUGCGAGAGAAAUCGAAAGGACAAUUACAGGCCCCGUCUCAUGGGAGAAAACGAGGUCCCCGAAUGGGCAUACAAGAACAUUGCCAAGGAAGACAGCAGGCCAAGCAAAGGGUUCGAUCAAAAUGCAGUGCUGGGGAAGCGAAAAAGAAAGGAAGUGAUUUACGCCGAUACUUUGACUGAUCAUCAGUUUUCCAAGGCCGUUGAGAAUGGAGAACUUCCCACAGCAAUGCCAACUCGAAGGAGGAUCGAAACACCUCCUCCACUGCCAGAAGGCAAUCUGAUACAUGUUGUUGGCAAUUCUGGUGGUGCUUCUGCUUCUGUGUUGAAUGAAAGUGCAGCGACGACGACCAUGAGCGAAGGAACGAGUGAAGAUACCACCACAACCGCGUACACGCCGGUGGCGCCGCCGAGACGAGUUAUACAUGAUGAUGCUGUAUUUGAGCCACGGAGUGGAAGCAGCAGCGUGAAUUGGAGUGGACAGAUUCUGACGUGGAAAACACAUAAGAAGAAGAGAUCUCACUAUCCUACUGCGCCAAGUUCGUCCUCCGAUUCAAGGGGAACAGAGUUCCGACGGCAGAGGUAG